GGCAGCAGCCGCAUUACUAUUGGAGAGCUACCGUAAUGUCGUCAACAUUAAUGAAAUGCCUAAGUUUGGCAAACACUUUGAGGACCGCAACGCUUAGAAGUCUGCUAACAAGUCAACAAAAGCCGACGCUGGCACCAUGGGGUGCUGUUGUGCCCGCAUUAGCGUCGCAUGUGCAAGCGGUUAGUGGCAUUCACACCAGCGCCGCGAGCCUUGGUCUUAUGGAGUUCUUCGACGACCCCAAGGUAUGGAGCGAGAACGAAGUGAAGGUGGGGCGUGCCUGGAAACCCGAUGAGUUGCGUAUUAAGUCAAAUAAGGAGCUUCAUCAGCUGUGGUACAUAUUGCUGAAGGAACGCAACAUGUUGUUGACCAUGGAGCACGAGUGCAAUGAUAAAAUGGAAGUGUUUCCCAACCCAGAGCGAAUUGAUAAGGUAAAAAUAUCAAUGGAAAAUUUGGAAACAGUUGUGCGGGAGCGUAACAAAGCGUAUCAUUUGCUCGAAACGGGCGAAACAGGCGAGCGACCACAGCGACUGGUGCACAACUGCUUUGGCCUUAGAUAUAUGUACAAAUCGUGUGAGCAUGUGCUACCACCCUUCAUGAACAUCAAAUGGAUUAAAUCGCGUAAUGUUGGUUUUGGCGGACGUGCUGUGCGAAAAUUCCUAUUGCAAUACCGGGAGAAGUUGUACAACGAGAAGCGCAAGGCCAAGAAUCGCUCACGCAACGAGGUAAUGAUGAUCCUGCGACGCAAUCCAGAUUUUGACUUGGAAGUGCUGCGACGACAAUUCCCUCAAGUCAAUAUUGAUAAACUGCGCAAUGAGGACAAGGCUCGUGGACAUUAUGUGCCCAAAAUAGGCGUUUAAUUGGCAUUGUUUUUGUUGUGAAGUUGAUAGGUCAUUAAAUUUAACAUAAACAUUUCACUUAAUCCUCAUCAAA